AUGAUUGUACCGCAGGGUUUGAACUACUUGCACAAGUCCUUCAUUGGGCAACAUGGAAGUCUGACCAGCAAUGUUUGCCUGAUUGAUAAUAGGUGGGUUUUGAAAAUUUCGGGUUUCGGGUUAUCACCAUUUCGAUCGGAGGUGAAAGUUGACGAUGAAAAAAAUUACCGGGAUUUUCUGUGGAUGGCACCUGAACACCUGAGGUCAUCUCAUACAAAAAAGAGUCAGAAAGGAGAUGUCUACAGUUUCGCUAUUGUUCUGUACGAAUUAGUUUUUAAAUGUUCGCCCUAUCAGUCAUUUGAUUUGGGGUACGAAGACAUUAUAACGCGUGUCCACAACUGCCGCGGUGAACCAUUCCGUCCGAAGUUGCACUCUUUGAAAGAGUCAGACACCAACCCGGCUGUGUUGAGUCUUCUGGCGCUAUGCUGGGCCGAGGAUCCGAAUGUUCGCCCGGCCUUUGACGUCAUUGAGAAGACGGUGAAGACCUUUCAUAGCGGGAAAACAGACAACAUUGUCGACAGCAUUUUGAAAAAGUUGGAGAAGUAUGCAAACAAUCUGGAGUUGGUUGUGGAGCAGAGGACCGAGGAGCUGGUUGAAGAAAAGAGGAAAACGGAUAUGCUUCUGAACAAUAUCUUGCCACCUUUCAUAGCGGAAGAAUUAAAAGCUGGUCGUAAAGUUGAGCCAAAAAUGUACCAGAGUGCCACGUUGUAUUUCUCAGACAUUGUUGGAUUCACGACGUUGUCAUCUGAGAGCACUCCCAUGCAAAUUGUGGAUCUGCUUAAUGAUCUCUAUGGAGCAUUUGAUGAUACCAUCUCCAAGCAUAAUGUUUACAAGGUUGAGACGAUAGGAGAUGCGUACAUGGUUGUGAGUGGUCUGCCUCAGGUAACAGAGCACCAUGUCGUGGAAAUAUGCAACAUGGCAUUGGAUCUGCUGGGCAUCGUCAAGACCUUCAAGAUCAGACAUCGGCCUGAGAUGACACUCAUGUUGAGGAUUGGCAUUCAUUCUGGACCUUGUGCUGCUGGAGUGGUCGGUCACACGAUGCCUCGCUACUGCUUGUUUGGUGAUACGGUCAACACCGCAUCCAGGAUGGAGUCAACUGGUGAAGCCCUCAAAAUCCACUUGAGCACCCCAGCCAGAGAUCAACUCCUCCAGUUUCCAGGAUACCUCAUCGAGUUGAGAGGUCCCACUGAGUUGAAAGUUACGGGACCCAGAUAA